CAGGAUUUGUCUAAAUACGAGUGGGAAACAAAAUCUUUUUCCAGAAGAACCUGUUUUGGCGUGAAGGAGAGUGGGCGGUCUCCUGCUCAGGACGCCGUUCCUCCAUUCAAUUACAGCUGGCACGCUGCAUGGCGCACGAGUCUCGCCACAUGAAGAGGCACUAGUGAGGAUUCAAUGGCCUGCCACUCACUGUUGUACUAGUCAAAUAGUUGUGGUCAUACUGAUACACAUAUAUCAUGGGCGACAUAGACCAGAUGCACUUCACUGCAGUGGACUAUGCUAUCUUCGUGCUGCUCCUUGUAGCAUCAACAGGCAUUGGCCUGUUCCAUGCAUUUUCAGGGGGCCAUCAGAGUACUACACGUGAGUUCCUGCUGGCUGAUCGCAGCAUGAGCUGCCUACCUCUCUCACUGUCCCUGCUUGCCACUUUUCAGUCGGCUGUCGCCAUUUUGGGUGCACCAGCUGAAAUUUAUGCUUAUGGCACACAGUACUGGUUCCUGGGCUGCUCCUACUUCCUGGGCCUGCUCAUCCCAGCACACAUCUUCAUUCCAGUUUUCUACCGCCUGCAUAUUUCCAGCGCCUAUCAGUAUCUGGAGCUUCGCUUCAAUAAAACUGUACAGAUAUGUGGCACCUUGACCUUCAUCUUUCAGAUGGUGAUCUAUAUGGGAGUGGUACUGUAUGCACCUGCACUUGCACUAAAUGCAGUAACUGGUUUUGACCUCUGGGGGGCUGUUCUGGCAAUGGGACUUGUGUGUACACUCUACACAACACUGGGUGGCCUCAAAGCAGUCAUCUGGACAGAUGUGUUCCAGACAAUAGUGAUGUUUGCUGGACAGCUGGCUGUGAUUAUAGUGGGCACCCAUCAGGCAGGUGGAAUUUCUGAGGUGUGGAUGAAAGCCCAGAAUGGCAGCCGCAUCUCAUCCAUUGUGCUGAACCCUGACCCCUUGGAGAGGCACACAUUUUGGACACUGGCUGUUGGGGGCAUCUUCCUCAUGCUGGCACUCUAUGGAGUCAACCAAGCUCAGGUCCAGAGAUACCUUAGCUCCCGUUCUGAAAGAGAGGCCAUCAUGUCCUGCUAUGUGGUGUUUCCAUGUCAGCAAAUAGUCCUGGCACUGGGUUGUCUCAUGGGACUGGUCAUGUUUGCUCGUUAUGGUGAAGACAGUCCUUUGGAUAAGGGCUACGUCAAGACCAAUGACCAGAUGGUGCUGUAUUUUGUGAUGGAUGUGCUCAGAGACCUUCCUGGUUUGCCUGGACUGUUUGUUGCUUGUCUUUUUAGUGGGGCUCUCAGCACAAUUUCAUCUGCUUUCAACUCCCUGGCAACGGUUACCAUGGAAGAUCUAAUCAAGCCCUAUUAUCCUGGCAUGACGGAGGCACGAGCCACACUACUAUCUAAAGGGCUCGCUCUUGGCUAUGGACUGGUGUGUCUGGCUAUGGCUUACAUCGCUUCUCUAAUGGGCUCUGUGUUACAGGCAGCACUCAGUAUUUUUGGGAUGGUUGGUGGACCUCUUCUUGGCCUCUUCUGUCUAGGCAUGUUCUUUCCUUGGGCCAACGCUGUUGGAGCAGUGACUGGCUUGGUAUCAGGACUGAUUAUGGCUUUCUGGAUUGGAAUUGGCAGCUUCAUUUCCCGUAUGGAAGUACCAGGAACACCCAUAUUUAACACCACAGUCCUUCAUGACACAAGAAACACAACUGCUAUCAUGACUACAGUUAUUACUUCCAUCACAUCAAAACCCAAGCCCAGUGGACUGCAAGCCCUCUAUUCGUUGUCCUACAUGUGGUACAGUGCUCACAACUCAGCCACAGUUGUAGUGGUAGGACUGUUGGUCAGCUUUCUCACUGGACCUUGGAAGGAGAAGGACUUGACCCCAGGUACAGUUUACCCCGUGUUGGGAAUGCUGCUUUUUUUUCUACCUGAGCGCUACAGGGAGAAGCUUUGCUGUGUUACUCCUCUGGAUCACAAGGCUCUGAACAGACAGCCGUAUGAAAACAGACCGAAAGAGUCCAGCAUUGUCCAAAUUCAGGAUGAACACAAGAACGAAGAGGAGGAGUCCAAAACCUCAGAGGUCUCUUGCAAGCUGGUGAAUGUGGAACAGGAGACAGCUUUGUGAUUUUUCCCCUAAAUCCUUUAUAUAACACAUGCUCAAGGCCAUAUUUAUUGUCUCAUAAACCAAACAAUUAUGACCAUCAUGAUGUCAGAAAAGUCUGUUUCUAUAUAGGUUAACUGUUCAGGUGUAACAUUACACAAUUAUAUGUUACGUUGAUAACGCAAUACUAACAAAUUUAGCACUAAACUCACAUAGGAGGAUGUGUGUGGAUUGCACAAUUUCUGUAUAAAUAGAUAAAUAUGACAUGAUGUGAUUUGACCAAUUAAGUAAACAGUCUCAACAUUUGCAUGUUUCUUAGAAAAUAAAGACCAAGGUCAAAGUG